AUAAUUUAUCAUUGAGAUCGAAUAUGCUCUAUACGUUCCGAAAAUGAAUUUCUGUAUAGUGCGUGGCAAUGGUUUAUUUCAGCAACAAAUAAUUCAAAAUACAUUGGUUGCGCGCGUGUUUAAAUUAGAUUUUGUUUUUAAGUUUGUGAGUUACAUAUCAAAGGACUAACAUUUGUAAAUUAGCUAUAGAAUUUUAUAAUUAGCCUGCAUAACCAUGAAAUUUAGAGGCAAAAUGGUUGAGAUAUCAAGUAUCCAACAUUUUACAAGGAUCCUAAAUACCAUUGGGAAAUUGACAAAAAUAGCUGUUUUGAGAAUAACUCCUUCUCAUUUAUAUUUCACCUUUAAUGAAAGAAUUACUACAGGUGGCUCCAGUUUGUGGUGUGAAAUCCCUCAAGAUCACUACUUCUGUGAAUUUAACAUGGAAGGUUUAUCAUCAGAAUAUAAUGAAAUAUACUUGGAAUUUCAAAUUGAUAAUCUAAUUACUGCCUUUAAAUCAGCCCAAGCUGCAAAAUCAAUUAAAUUAAAACUAACAAAAAAGCAUGUGCCAUGUCUUACUCUGGAAGUAGAAUUACCAUCAUUACAUUCAAAUUCUCGAUGUGUAGUUCAUGAUGUACCAGUUUUGGUGAUUCCAAGAAGAUUGUGGGAGCAGUUUCAAGAACCUUCAAUGAUACAAUUUGAUGUUUCUAUAUAUAUGCCUUCUUUAAAAACUGUCAGAAGUGUUGUUGAAAGAAUGAAAAACAUAGGAACAUUCAUGACCAUGUUUGCAUCCUCUGAUGGAGAAAUUGAUUUAAGAUGUGAGACAGAUACUGUAAUGAUCACUACUCAUUUCAAAGAUUUAAAUUUAACAUCUGUUUCUGCCCAUACUUCUGAGAAAAUUAAAGCUGAAUGCAGAAUUGAUAUUCGUAAAUUCAACCAAUUUCUGUUUGGACAACAGAUAAAUCCUGCCAAAGUUGUUUGCAAUAUAACAAAUCAUCAGAUGGUUCAGUUUUUUCUCCUACAUGAUGACGUCUCUAUCCAGUAUUUCUUGCCAUGUGUUAUUGCAUAAUACCUGGCAUCUUUUUUUUUUCUUCUCCGAUUUUGCUUUGUAAUUAUUUAUUUUCUAUUACCAAAAGUUUCACUAAAAUAUAUUUUGUAUAUAAAUAUUUAAAUAA